AUGGCCAUUCCGCAAAACCAACUUCACGUCUCCGAAGAAGCCAUAGAGCUUUCCGACCUCCCCAAAAGCUCAUCUGCCGUCCCACUCGUCCCUAUCGUCUCCUAUCAUUCCACAAACGACCAUGAAGAUAUCGAGCCAAUCGCGCAGUAUGCGCUCCCCCCCGUAGACGGAGGGAAGCAAGCAUGGAUCUUUCUAGCUGCGGCUACUAUGAUUGAGAUAUUGGUCUGGGGUAUCCCGUUUGCUAUUGGCGUGCUUCUUGCUUUUUGGACGUCGACGCUCUUCCCGGACCAGUCGAGCUCCACUCUGACCCUUGCAGCGACGCUCCAAACCGGAUUGCUUUACAUGAACUCUGCUGUCAUCGGGCCACUCUUGACGGCAGUUCCGCGAUGGCAGAAAACGUUCCAGGUCAUUGGUAUCCUCGCUGCCUCUGUUGCUUUGAUUGCUAGUGCUUUCGCCUCGAAGCCUUGGCACAUCUUGGUGACUAUCGGAUUGCUGUAUCCUCUAGCGGGCGCGGCGUACUUUCCUUGUGGUACCCUUUUGUUUGAGUGGUUCCAUGCCAGAAGGGGUUUAGCGUCGGGUGUGAUGUACGCAGGUGACUCACAGAAGCUGACUUGUCUACCAGGUGGCUUCAUCUUCCCUUUCAUCAUGAGCGGUCUCCUCCAACACCUCGGCUACAAGAAAGCCAUGAUCAUCACCGGUUCUGUCUUUGGAGUCGUCGGUACCAUCUGUCUCUGCUUCAUCCGCCGUCGCGUGCCUAUCGCUUCUCGGUACCAGCCCGAUAGCGAAAGAAGGAGGGAGAAUACACCCGACUGGUCGUUCUUGAAGAGUUUUCUGCUGAUUAUCAGUCUUGCUACCAUCCUAUUGACGAGUCUUGGCAAUUUCAUCCCCAGCUUGUGGAUCCCGACAUACGCAAACGACCUCCACCUCUCCCACCCAAACGGCGCCAACCUCCUCUCCAUCCUCAACGCCGCCUCCGUCCCCGGCAACGCCCUCAUGGGCCUCCUCUCCGACCGUCUCCCCAUGCGUAUCGUCAUCCUCAUCUCCUGCCUCUUCAGCGGCUUGUCUGUCGCCUUUUUGUGGGGGUUCGGGACGUCGAAGGGCAUGUUGGUGGCGUUUUGUGUGGUGUUUGGGAUGUUUGGGCCGAGUUUUUGUGCGGUUUGGAGUAAGAUGAAUGCUGCUAUUGCGAAGGAUAACACGUUCCAGUUUGGGAUGAUAUUCUCAUUCUUCAUGUUUACCAGAGGUGUCGGCAACUUUUCAUCUGGCCCCAUAUCUGAAGCACUUCUCAAGUACGACGCUCUCCAUGGCACUAUCGGCGGAUACGGCUUCAACAACUAUGGCGUGCUUUUGCUCUUUUCGUCCCUGAUGAUAUUGAGCGGGACUGUCACCGGAGCUUUGUUUGUCGAAAAACGUUGA